AUGGACGUCGUCGACCUCUACCUACCGCUUGCGUGGCUGAUGUUGCGGCUGCCCCUCCCACACACCACCCCAGAGGCGCUGGUGUUCGUGCGCCAGCUCGUCCACCACUCGCAAUUGCUGGCGGUCAACUUGGUCAUCUCGUUAUACUACUUGUACAAGUUGGGCGGCGCCAAGGUUGACCACGACCCGCUGACCCACGCCUAUCUUGUGGUGGUGUCGUUGAUCUUGCUGAACAAAGUGUACGACGACCAGUGCUACACGCUCAAGACGUGGCACAACAUCGUCAACAACUGCCACACCGCCCCGGUGGUGCUUGACCUUGACCUUUUGAAUGCCAUCGAACACCAUGUGCUCUCGGCGCUCGACUACGACUUGGGGUUCCACAAAAUGCCCCACGACUACGACUUCUGGCACGCGUGCUAUGCUACCGCGGCGCCUCAAGUGGUAGCGAAAUUGAGAGGGUUGGUGGUGCUGGAACCAGCGCCGCCAGUCGCGGUUGCCCCAGCGCCAAUUACGCCGCCGUUAUUGUCGCCGUUGGCCCCCAUGGUGGUCCCUCCCUCAGUGCCGGCCAAGUACCGGUGCAAGUGUGGGGUGAGAUACUGUCUGGUGGCGUGUUAUAAGGCUCAUGACCAUAAGGAAGUGACAACAGAGGCGAGUGUGGAGCAGCCAUCGAAAAGUGAACUCGCGGCGUCACCUUCCCAAAUAGGAAGUCAAGACCAGAGUACGACUACAAGAGCUGAUGACGACGAAAAGACUCAAUUCAUUCAGCUGUUACCACCUCAAAUCAUCGAAAUGCUCAAACUGCCCACCCUCCAAUUCCAUUUGGUGACGUUACUUGAAAUCAUUAAUCGGCCCAUCACCGAUCUUCCUGGCCGUCAAAUGGACGUGGCCAAAUUGAAACUUACCGCAUUAAGAGAAGGAGGCGCCGAGGCUAACGCCGAAGUGGAAGAUUUCGUCGAGGCAGUGCUCGACCAUCUACAAAGUCUGUCAUAA